AUGUGCGAAGCUGUCAACUCUAAUCUGGCGAAUUCCGUCGUUACAGGAUCUAGUCCUGAAUCCAGUAACUCACCGUCCCAGGAGGCCGCCGAGUUUCUGCUACUCUGUUGCAAUUUGAUUUCAGCUGGAUUCACUGAGAUGAUGCGUUAUCGUACUCGUCAGCUGCAAUCGAUUGAAACUGCUCUGUCGGACUCAACUGUGCAUGCCUCUUUGGAAAAAAAUGCACACUUUUUAGCUUGUUGGUUGACGGAUACUCAUCCUUUCGGAAUCGGAGAUGUGCUACUCCAGUUCUUGGAAAAUCUCAUUUCCUUGGGGUCCGGCGAAAUGUGUCCCGAAUCACUGGGGUCGACCUAUGCCGAUACUACACAACUGGCCAAGGAUGCCACGACCAGAGCUGUCGAGUAUACUGACACGGGUUACUUUAAUCUUUUAUCAACCGAUCGACUCGAUCGUCCGGAGAUCGCGCUCACUUUAGCCGAGAGGUUUGCGGAUUGUGUGCAAAUGGUGCGUUUGUGUUACUUGUUAGAGAUGCAAGAUGAGUUGAAUGCCGAACACGAUCCGGCUCAUUGGUCUACAACGGAUUCCUCGUCCACUCGAUUCCAUCACCGAAGACUGGCCGAAUUGCUAAGACGUGUGCCUGCCUCUUACGGUUUGGCCGAUCAUGCGUUACAGGUUCGUUGGUCCGCGUUUUUUUUAUCGUCUACGCAAUGUAUUCCCAAUAUCUCAUUGGUUCGAAUGAACCACUAA